AUGGAUCUUCCGGAGUUGCCGGUGGGCCUGCUGAAGGACGAGGACGACGACAACGGCUCGCAUGGCAGGCCUCCGUGGCUGGAAAGGGCCCAGAUGAUGAACAUCGGCAGUGACUGCUCAGGCUUGGAAGUAGCAUGGGAAGCUUUUGUGGAUGCGGGCAAAAAGAAGGGCUUGUCCGACCAACGCGGUCUGGCGAUGUUUCGGGCCUUGCAAGAUCGUCUCAGGGAGCUCAUGGCGCUGCAUCCGGAUGGCCUGCAGGGCGUGCUGCUGGAGCAGGUGCCUGGGCUUCUCAAGUCCAAGGAUGCGUGGGACACCUGGUCCACGGGUUUGCUGGAGUGCCUUCCCGGCUUCGUGAUGUUCCACACCACCUUGAACAGCUUGGACUUCAUGGUCCCGCAAUCUCGGAAGCGCCUCUACAUUGUCCUGCUCCGAGCCUCAAGCAUGAUGCAACCCUAUGUUUGGCCACAGCCCACUGGACAGGUGACGCUGGCCUCUAUCUUGCAGACUGAAGCUGAAGUCAAGGAGGACAAGAAGCACAAGGGGAUGGGGGCCAUGAAAAAGAAGACGAAAAAGUCCGCCGGCCCAUGCACCACGGCAAAGCAAAAGGAGCGCCUGAAGAGGCAGCUGCAGUCCUUGCGCAGAGCCCGCCACAACCCCAACAGCAUACUCGCCGCCAUCGACAUAGACUGUGGGUGGAAAGGCCGAAGAUGGCGGAUCGGUCACACGCAAACAAUCACUCGCAGCCGCGGUGGCGCUGGCGGGUCCUUGCGCAGCACAGCAGGGCUUGGCAUCGUGAGGGCUUUAGGUGCAGGUGGUAGGCCAUACCUGACCACCAAGCAUCGACGAACCACACCACGGGAGCUGGCGGCGCUGCAGGGCCUGAACUAUGGUCAGUAUGAGCUGAAGGGCAUUUCAGCAUGCCAAUUCGGGCAGAUGGUGGGCAAUGCCAUGACGAAGACGGCGUCCUUCCUAGGCUUGGGUGAGCAUGCUUGUUCCCGAGCCUGGUCUUGGAGUACUCUCUGGGACGAAGUUGCAGUGGAGGAGCGUGUCUCCGAGGAUACUGUGACAGGGCGCUUGCCGUGGAAGCCGGCUGCUGGAGCGCUUGCUGGGCGAGACGAGAAGGUCGUGGCUUUAACAUCCAACAACGCAAUGGCAAAGUCGGCCUCCUCUGCCUCAGAAGAUUCGGACAUGGACCAGAAGGCGCAGAUCAAGGCAGCGUGGCCGCAGAUCAAGGCACCGUGGGCGCACAAGGCACCGUGGGCGCAGAUCAAGGCACCGUGGGCGCACAAGGCACCGUGGGCGCAGAUCAAGGCACCGUGGGCGCAGCAGGAGAUGGAGAAGAAGGAGCUUGCAGUCAUGUUUGCCGAGCACAGAGAGAUGCGGUCGGAGGAAUCCAAGGGAGCAGACCCAGAACGGAAAAGGAAAGAAACACCAACGGUUCCGGCAGCCACGAAAUUGGGUCUUGAUCUUUCAUCGAUAGCAGAUAGCAACCUGCGACUUCCGUUCUGUGCUGCCAUGCAGAGGGGUUUCCUGCUAGCUGCUGCAGAGAAGAAAGAGAAGAAGAAAAGUGAGAAGGAAGCCAGCGAGAAGAAGUCCGAAUCCGAGAAGCCAAAAGCCUCCAACGAGGGCGUGCACGUGACAUCUUCGGUGGGCUAUCGUGUCGUGAAGGACCCGGGCAUGCCGGGCAUCCAGGUGCUGAAGUUCGACUCGGAUGCUGAUGUGGAUCUGAGAAGCGUCGACGGGAUGCUGAGAGUUUUUGCGAACGGGCUUCAGAACUCGCUUUUCGUGGCUUGGUCCAUGGCGGUCUAUGAGACGCCCAAGCACAGGAUCAUCAGCAGGCUGGUCAAAGGCAAACUUUCCUUCAUGCAAGCACGUGAGGACAAGUCUCUUCUCGUGAAGGCCGAGCUCGAGGAGACCUCGGAUGGCGAUGCUGCAAAGGGCAUCGUGAAGGCCGAGCUCGAUGGCGGGGAGAAGACCCGCCGUGAUCGGGAGAAGAUCCGCCGUGACAAGGUGGCCAAGAGAACCGGGGACGACAGGGAGAUCCGACCGAGAAUGACGGUGGGCGAAUGGAAGGAGAUCACGCUCAUGUUUGCCGAGCACAGAGAGAUGCGGUCGGAGGUCCCGUCCCUGCGUACGAGAGCAGCUCGAGCGGAUGUCUUGCAAAGGGAGAACCUCAUCCUGACGAAAGCCCUGGAAGAGCUGCAGAAGCGGCUUGGGUAG